CGCCUCUUAUCUUGUGACCGACGUUUAUUCUAGCCAAUUGUGACUCUCGGCUGCUUGACUGGCGUUUUUCUCCGCCAAUCGGCACAUUUGACCAAAAACCUGUAGAUCCAGGUUCGGUAGAGAAGGAAAGGGGACGACUGAGGUGUUGCUCUGCAGACUACCACAGCCUACCGGGGCCAGUUUUCUGCUUCUCUCUCCCUGCUGCUGCCUGUUCUCCGGACAGAGGUGCCCACGCCAUCUCCUUCGCUGUCAGAAGACCAUGGAGACAGAAAUUGAACAGCAAGAGGAUUCUUCAUUCGGCAACACUGAGACCAACGGUAAGCGCCCUGCUGAGGAUGCAGAGGAUCAGAAAUCGUUCAAGCGCUCCAGGAACUCUGACGAGAUGGUAGAGCUUCGCAUCCUCCUGCAGAGCAAAAAUGCAGGAGCUGUAAUUGGGAAGGGUGGCAAAAACAUCAAAGCCCUUCGUACAGACUACAAUGCCAGUGUGUCAGUCCCAGACAGCAGUGGGCCUGAGCGCAUCCUGAGCAUCAGUGCCGACAUCGAUACAGUUGGAGAAAUCCUGCUUAAGAUUAUCCCGACACUGGAAGAGUACCAGCAGUACAAUGGGAUGGAUUUCGACUGCGAGCUACGCCUGUUGAUCCACCAGAGCCUGGCUGGCUCCAUCAUUGGAGUGAAGGGAGCCAAGAUCAAGGAGCUCAGAGAGAACACAAAGACCAGCAUCAAGCUGUUUCAGGAGUGUUGUCCUCAGUCGACAGACCGGGUGGUGCUGGUCGGCGGUAAAACAGAGAGAGUGGUGGAGUGUAUCAAGACCAUGCUGGAGCUCAUUGCUGAGGCUCCCAUAAAGGGCCGUGCACAGCCCUACGACCCCAACUUCUACGACGAAACAUAUGAAUAUGGCGGUUUCACCGUGGUGUUUGAAGAGAGGGGCGGCGGUCGUAGGCUCAUAGGGGGGUUCCCCAUGCGGGGGGGCAGAUCCAGCGGUGGAGACCGUGGAUUUGACCGAAUGCCCUCUAGCAGAGGUGGACGUGGACCCAUGCCUCCCGCCCGCCGAGACUACGAGGAGAUGAGCCCUCGCCGAGGACCACCACCACCCCCCCACCCCAGUAGGGUUGGCAGGGGAAGUGGCCGUGGACGCAACAUGCCCAUGGGACACCCACACAGAGGAGGAGAAGAACGUUACUAUGACUCGUACCGUGGCUCUGAUGACAGGUCAAAUGACAGAAGAGGCAGACCGGAUCGCUACAGUGAUAACAUGAGUGGAGGAGGAUAUGACAACAGUUCAUCAUGGGAUAGCUACCAGUCAGGUGGACGUGGCUCCUAUAAUGAAAUGGGUGGCCCCGUCAUUACCACACAAGUGACGAUCCCAAAAGAUCUGGCUGGCUCUAUCAUUGGUAAGGGAGGCCAGCGGAUCAAACAGAUCCGCCAUGAGUCAGGAGCCUCCAUCAAGAUCGAUGAGCCUCUGGAAGGCUCUGAGGACAGAAUAAUCACCAUUACUGGCACCCAGGAUCAGAUCCAGAAUGCUCAGUACCUUCUUCAGAACAGUGUGAAGCAGUACUCUGGUCAUUUGCUGUAGACCCAGGAGACUCAGAUUGAAGCAGACUCAGAUUGCCCCCUCCCCCCCCCCCCCUCAACCUUUCUGCCCCUGUCCAACCCCUUCAGACUAUUAUGCUGGAUUGUGGGUGUCUUUUUUGAAUUUUAUUUUUAUAUUUUUUAAUGAAAUAAAUGUCCAACAUUCCUGUGCAUAAAAGAAAAUGUAGAUGUUCUGCAUUUUAAUAGUAUAGUCCAUUAGUUUAACAGAUACAGUUUGAUUUUUUUCUUCUAACACACAACUAUCACAAAUAUUCUUCAGUCUCCUGACAGACAAAAAAUGAACAUAACUUUUUAUUUGUGGAUGUUUUUGAACUCUCUGACAUGUAUAUGUAUGUUUGUGUCUGGUAUAAAUCUGUUCUGUGUGUGUGCACGCAUGCUUGCGUGUGUAGGUUGGGUGUGCUUUCUCCUGUCUAUAUCGGUCACUUCACCCACAGUUGUAUCACAUUACUACUCUGUGAAACCUGCAGAAUGUAAGAUCCUGUUUUUUCCCAAACUGAACCAUUUGUUCUGUUUUUUUUAGAGAUGUGACUCUUGUCACAAGAUACAGGACAGUCUUGACUCAUUUGUAAUAAAAUACAUGGUAGUUGUGUGAUGAAACAAAUCUGAAUAAUUGGACUAGCUCCUCAAAAAGGAAACUUGUGGCUAGAAUUUGUUUUGACAUUUUAUUAAAGAAUUGACAAAUGAUAUUGAACGUAUCUAUUUUGUCCCUGCAAUUUCCUGUGCUCUACGCUUGUUUGCUGUCCAUGCUCUAGACUUCACAUUGUUUAAUUGUAAAAUGAAUAAAGAAGGUGCCACUUUUUACUCAA